CAAAUUGUAUUGAACUUUGAACUUUUGAAGUGGUGUGGUGUGUGUAAGAUAAAUCUCUCAAACAAACAUAUCAGGGUUUUAGCAUUCUAUUCCAACACCAUCACGAAGUAGUGAGUCUUCAAUUACCAUCACUUUUGUUUUCUUCAAUUCAAUGAUUCAUAAUCGCCAAUUGAUUUUCACUACUUCCAAUCUCUACAAACUCACCCAUCAUUUUUCCUUUCUUUCUCGCACUUCCCCACCACCCUUUUCCGCAAAGUUAACGUCUUUAGCUUCCACAACCGGAUUCACUUCCACCCACAGAACCCCAGGUUUGUUCAAAAAUUCCAACUUUCUAGGUCACGUUAGUUUAUUGAGAUGUUACUGUAAUAAUAACAGUGGUGGGUCAAAGGAAUGGACCGAGGAAAUUGAGUAUUUAGAUGAAUCUGGUAGUGUUAUUUAUAAGGGUAAGGGUGUUAGGUCUGUUGAGCCUGGGAUUGAUGAUCAUGUUAUGGUGGGUGAGGUUAAAAAGCCCUUUUUGAAUGCUUUAGCUGUGGCUAAAAUUGUUGAGGUUGUAAAGAGAUGGAAGUGGGGUCCAGAAUUGGAGACCCAAUUGGACAAGCUUCAGUUUGUGCCAAACAUGACUCACAUUGCUCAAGCUUUGAAGGUUAUUAACGAUGGUGAUGCUUGCUUGAGUUUGUUUCGGUGGUCUAAGAGGCAGUCUUGGUAUUCGCCGAGUGAUGAUUGUUAUGUUAUGUUGUUUGAUGGGUUGAAUCAGCGGAGGGAUUUCGAUGGGAUACAGUCGAUGUUCGAUGAGAUGGUUGGUGAUUCUGGGAAUAGUGGGGUUUCGUUGGUGGUUUCGUGUAAUCGAGUGAUUCGGUAUUUGGCUAAGGGGGAGAGGUUGGAAGUUGCUUUUUGUUGCUUUAAGAAAAUUCAGGAUGGUGGGGGUGAGGUUGAUACUGAAACGUAUAAUUCGCUUAUUACUUUGUUUUUGAAUAAGGGUUUGCCUUAUAAGGCGUUUGAGAUUUAUGAGAGCAUGGAGAAAGCUAAUUGUAAAUUGGAUAGUUCGACUUAUGAAUUGAUGAUUCCGAAUUUGGCUAAGUCGGGCCGUCUUGAUGCUGCUUUCAAGCUCUUUCAAGAAAUGAAAGGAAGAGAUUUUCGGCCAGGUUUAAACAUCUUUACGUCACUUGUUGAUUCCAUGGGGAAGGCAGGGAGGUUGGAUGGUGCAAUGAAAGUUUACAUGGAGAUGCGAGGUUACGGAUACAGGCCGCCCCCUACCAUAUAUGUCUCUCUGAUUGAAUCUUAUGUGAAAUCUGGAAAGUUAGAAACUGCUUUGAGGCUUUGGGAUGAGAUGAAACUAGCAGGGUUCAGGCCUAACUUUGGCUUGUAUACAUUGAUCAUUGAGUCUCAUGCAAAAUCAGGGAAGCUUGAUAUUGCUAUGUCUGCAUUUUCUGAUAUGGAGAAAGCUGGAUUUCUACCAACUCCAUCUACAUAUGCUUGUCUCUUGGAAAUGCAUGCUGCGUCUGGACAAAUCGAUCAUGCCAUGAAGCUGUACAAUUCAAUGACUAAUGCAGGUUUAAGGCCUGGCUUAAGCACUUACACCGUUCUUUUAACUUUACUCGCUAAUAAGAAGCUGGUGGAUGUUGCUGCCAAGAUUCUACUUGAAAUGAAGGCCAUGGGAUAUUCGGUAGAUGUGACAGCUAGUGAUGUUUUGAUGGUGUAUAUCAAGGAAGGUUCAGUUGAUCUUGCUUUGAGGUGGCUGCGUUUCAUGGGUUCGUCGGGGAUCAGAACCAAUAAUUUUAUAAUCAGGCAAUUGUUUGAGUCGUGCAUGAAGAACGGAAUAUACGAAUCAGCGAAGCCUCUUCUUGAAACAUAUGUUAACUCCGCCGCCAAAGUUGAUUUGAUACUUUACACCUCAAUUUUAGCUCAUCUUGUCAGGUGUCAGGAAGAAGAGAAUGAGAGGCAUUUGAUGUCUAUCCUUAGUGCAACAAAGCACAAGGCACACUCAUUUAUGUGUGGACUUUUCACGGGUCCCGAACAGAGGGGACAACCAGUGUUGACUUUCGUAAGGGAAUUCUUCCAAAGUAUUGAUUAUGAAUUGGAGGAAGGUGCUGCAAAGUACUUUGUCAAUGUCCUUCUCAAUUACCUAGUUCUUAUGGGACAGAUAAAUCGAGCUCGAUGCGUUUGGAAAGUUGCUUACGAGAAUAAACUUUUCCCAAAGGCUAUAGUUUUUGAUCAGCACAUUGCUUGGUCCCUUGAUGUUAGAAACUUAUCAGUUGGAGCCGCGCUUAUAGCAACAGUGCACACUCUUCACAGGUUCAGAAAACGUAUGCUGUAUUACGGUAUUGUCCCUAGACGGAUUAAACUGGUGACAGGACCAACGUUAAAGAUUGUGAUUGCGCAGAUGUUAAGCUCAGUAGAGUCUCCGUUUGAGGUGAGUAAAGUGGUUCUUAGGGCACCAGGAGAUUCGGUGAUGGAGUGGUUUAAGAAACCGAUAGUCCAGCAGUUUCUUCUGAAUGAUAUUCCGUCUAGGGCUGAUAUCUUGAUGCACAAGCUGAACAUACUUUUCCCUAAUUCGGCUCCUGAAAUUAGAUCUCUAUCUCCUCCUAAACCUCUUAUUGCAGGCAGGGCAUUGUAAACAGUUCUUAAUAUCUUACAGCUGUUCGAGAUGCAGACUCUUCAUAUGUUCGGUAUAAACAGAUACAGAUAUGUACGAUUUAAGAAUUUGGAAUAAAAUCUUUUAAGAUUUAUAUUCUUUUCCCUCAAAAGUUGUGGAGUAAUGCAUAAAUACUCGGAUCCUGUCAUGAUUAGUUUUUUUUUGUUGAGAAAAUGUUUAGAGUAUUCAUAUAUGUCAAGUCAAGGUUUUCUCUCCAGGUGAUACUAGGAUAGGUUUAGCUGCAUAAGAGAUGAUUAUGUACUUAUUUCUUGAUUUAAAUUAUUCUGUGAGAUGCUUUAACUGGUCUCGAGCCGGAACACUCUCAAGAGUCUGUACUGGAUUAUGUGAGAGAGACAACUCUAUUGAAGUUAUAACAGAAUGUGAGUUACAGUUAUAGGGAUAUUACCAAGUUCUUUAAUCAGUGACAGGAUCUACAAGUGUUGUGCUUCUGUUUGCAGUAUGCAAAUAAAGGAAGAGGCUGAGUUGGAAAAUUAUGCGCUUAUUAGAUAUUAACGUUAAAAAAAUAAAAUAAAUGAUGUGUAUAUGUUGGAUCCA